UGUGGAUGGUGUCUGAUCCUCUUGAAAAGUAAUGUAAAAUUACCCUGACCCACAAGGGUAUAUUAUAUAACUACAAUGUUUAACUGUGAUCAACCAUACAGUAUGAAAGUAUUUUAAGAGGCAUCUGAAUCACUUGUCUUGAAACUAUUAUUUCAUUAUUCAUAACAUUUGAAUGGAUUAAUAUUUUUCAAUGUGGUUCACUUUAUGUUACUUAUCUAAUGAAGUGCUAUUGAAUGAUGUAUAACAUGUACAUGUACAUGGAAAUUUGAAUUUUUCUAUUUACACCUGCUCUUACUCGCCAUGUUAUAUAGGGGUACUACCCCUAACUCAGGGUGUGGAGAGUCGGAAACAUGAAAAUUUCGCAAAUGAGAUAAAAAUGAUCUUGGUGGUGUUGUAUUACUAUUCCGAUAGCAGACAAUGGGUUUCAAGUGUUCUUACGCAAUCACUGAUCGAAAUACAUGUGAUACAUGUGAUGUGAAUGUGUAUAUGAAUGGUGCGAAUGGGCCACCAGGGUGCUUGGUACCUGUGUGUUUACGCCACAGGAUUGAGCUGUGCUGUUCAGAUUGUAGCGUUGAAGCGUGUAUAGUGUCUGUAUCUCCUGUCUAGGGGCGGCGGGAUUGAGCUAUACUGUUCGGGUUCAGUCUGAGGACGAUGUCUGUCUCUCCUAUUAACCGAGUUUGAACUGUACUGUUUGCAUUGUCAUAUGAAUAUGUGGAUGGUGUCUGAUCCUCUUGAAAAGUAAUGUAAAAUUACCCUGACCCACAAGGGUAUAUUAUAUAACUACAAUGUUUAACUGUGAUCAACCAUACAGUAUGAAAGUAUUUUAAGAGGCAUCUGAA